AUGGCCAAAAGAAAAGAAAAUUUCGUUUCUCCUGAAAAUGCUAAAAGACCAAGACAAGAAGAAUUGGAAGAUUUUGAUAAAGAUGGUGAUGACGAUGACUGUACAAUUUCUUUCACUAAUGGUACUUCUACUUUGACUGAAGCAGAAGUUGGAAUAAUUGAAAGUAUUCAACUAAAAAACUUCAUGUGUCAUUCAAUGCUUGGGCCCUUUAAAUUUGGUUCUAAUGUCAACUUUGUUGUUGGCAACAAUGGAAGUGGCAAGAGUGCAGUACUCACAGCACUCAUAGUUGGUCUUGGUGGAAAAGCAGUGGCUACCAAUAGAGGAUCUUCUUUAAAAGGUUUUGUGAAAGAUGGACAGAACUCAGCAGAUAUCUCAAUAACUUUAAGGAACAGGGGAGAUGAUGCCUUUAGAGCAAAUGUGUAUGGUGACUCUAUCAUCGUGCAACAGCAUAUCAGCAUGGAUGGGAGCCGAUCUUACAAACUAAAAAGUCAAGCAGGCAGUGUGGUAUCUACUAAGAAAGAAGAGCUGAUUGCAAUUCUUGAUCAUUUCAACAUCCAGGUGGAUAAUCCGGUUUCUGUUUUAACACAAGAGAUGAGCAAGCAGUUCUUACAGUCCAAAAAUGAAGGAGACAAAUACAAAUUCUUCAUGAAAGCAACCCAACUUGAACAGAUGAAGGAAGAUUAUUCAUAUAUUAUGGAAACAAAAGAAAGAACAAAGGAACAGAUAAAUCAGGGAGAAGAGCGACUUGUUGAACUAAAGCGCCAGUGUUUGGAAAAAGAGGAACGUUUUCAAAGUAUUGCUGGUUUAAGUACAAUGAAGACUAAUUUGGAGUACUUGAAACAUGAAAUGGCUUGGGCAGUGGUCAAUGAAAUUGAAAAACAAUUGAAUGCUAUCAAAGAUAAUAUUAAAAUUGGAGAAGAUCGUGCUGCUAGACUUGACAGGAAAAUGGAGGAACAGCAGGUCAGACUUAAUGAAGCAGAAAAAACUUACAAGGAUAUUCAAGAUAAACUAGAAAAGAUUAGUCAGGAGACAAAUGCACGGGCACCGGAAUGUAUGGCAUUGAAAGCAGAUGUCACUGCCAAGAAAAGGGCCUAUAAUGAAGCCGAGGUUUUAUAUAACCGUUCCCUAAAUGAAUAUAAAGCAUUGAAAAAAGAUGAUGAGCAGCUCUGUAAAAGAAUUGCAGAACUGAAAAAAAGUACUGACCAAUCUUUGGAACCUGAGCGGUUGGAAAGGCAAAAAAAAAUAUCGUGGUUAAAAGUGAGAGUAAAGGCCUUAGAGGAUAAAGAAAAUUCAGUCAAUCAAGACAUUGAUCAGUUUCAGCAAGCCAUAGAAAAGGACAAAGAAGAAUACUCCAGAAUUAAGAGAGAAGAACUGGAUGUGAAGCAUACACUGAACUAUAAUCAGAGGCAACUGAAAGAUCUAAAAGAUAGUAAAACUGAUCAGCUAAAAAGAUUUGGCCCGAAUGUUCCAGCCCUUCUUGAAGCAAUAGAUGACGCUUACAGACGAGGACAUUUUACUCAUAAACCUGUAGGCCCUUUAGGAGCUUGUAUUCAUCUUCGGGACCCUGAGCUUGCUUUGGCUAUUGAAUCUUGCUUAAAAGGACUUCUGCAAGCCUUUUGUUGCCAUAAUCAUGCUGAUGAAAGAGUACUUCAGGCACUGAUGAAAAGGUUUUAUCCACCAGGGACUUCACGGCCACAGAUAAUAGUUUCAGAAUUUCGGAAUGAAAUGUAUGAUGUGAGACACAGAGCUGCUUAUCAUCCAGAGUUUCCAACGGUUCUGACAGCCUUAGACAUAGACAAUGCGGUUGUUGCAAAUAGCCUAAUUGACAUGAGGAGCAUAGAGACAGUGCUACUAAUCAAAAACAAUUCUGUAGCACGUGCAGUAAUGCAGUCCCAAAAACCACCCAAAAAUUGUAGAGAAGCUUUUACUGCUGAUGGUGAUCAAGUUUUUCCUGGACGUUAUUAUUCAUCUGAAAAUACAAGACCCAAGUUCCUAAGCAGAGAUGUAGAUUCUGAAAUAAGUGACUUGGAGAAUGAGGUUGAAAAUAAGAAGGCUCAGAUAAUAAAUCUUCAGCAACAUUUGUCUGCCCUUGAAAAAGAUAUUAAACGCAAUGAAGAACUUCUUAAAAGGUGCCAACUAAAUUGUAAAGAGUUGAAGAUGAAAAUGAGGAAAAGUAUUUCUGAAAUUCAGGAACUUGAGAAUAUAGAAGAACACCAGUCUGUUGACAUUGCAACCUUGGAAGAUGAAGCUAAAGAAAAUAAAAGCAAAAUGAAAAUGGUUGAGAAAAAUAUGGAGCAACAAAAAGAGAAUAUGGAGCAUCUUAAAAGUCUGAAAGUAGAAGCAGAAAACAAAUAUGAUGCAAUUAAACUGAAAAUUAAUCAACUGUCAGAGCAAGCAGAUCCACUUAAGGACGAAUUAAAUCUUGCUGAUUCCGAGGUGGACAACCAAAAACGAGGGAAGCGACAUUAUGAAGAAAAACAGAAAGAACACUUGGACACCUUAAAUAAAAAGAAACGAGAACUGAAUAUGAAAGAAAAAGAACUAGAGGAGAAAAUGUCACAAGCAAGACAAAUCUGCCCAGAGAGGAUAGAAGUGAAAAAAUCUGCAUCAAAUCUAGACAAAGAAAUUAAUCGUUUAAGACAAAAGAUACAGGCAGAACAUGCUAGUCAUGGAGAUAGAGAAGAAAUAAUGAGGCAGUACCAAGAAGCAAGAGAGACCUAUCUUGAUCUGGAUAAUAAAGUAAGGACUUUAAAAAGGUUUAUUAAAUUAUUGGAAGAAAUAAUGACCCAUCGAUACAAAACAUAUCAACAGUUUAGAAGGUGUUUGACGUUACGAUGCAAAUUGUACUUUGACAACUUAUUAUCACAGCGUGCCUAUUGUGGAAAAAUGAAUUUUGACCAUAAGAACGAAACUCUUAGUAUAUCAGUUCAGCCUGGAGAGGGAAAUAAAGCUGCCUUUAAUGACAUGAGAGCCUUGUCUGGAGGUGAACGGUCAUUUUCCACGGUGUGCUUCAUCCUUUCCCUGUGGUCCAUUGCCGAAUCACCUUUCAGAUGCCUGGAUGAGUUUGAUGUCUACAUGGAUAUGGUUAAUAGGAGAAUUGCAAUGGACAUGAUACUCAAGAUGGCAGAUUCUCAGCGUUUUAGGCAAUUUAUCUUGCUUACCCCUCAGAGCAUGAGCUCACUUCCUUCAAGUAAACUGAUUAGAAUUCUUCGAAUGUCUGACCCUGAAAGAGGACAAACUACGUUGCCUUUCCGACCUGUGACUCAGGAGGAAGACGAUGACCGAAGUUGAUUUAUAACUCAAUAUAUCAUAUCCUCAUGUUGCAAAAUUUGUGAAGGGAAACAAAUUCUGAACUGUCCAAUGACAAAAUAAGACUGAAGAUUUCUAAGUUAAAACAAACUGUUUUGUAUGUCCGACCACAGUAAGAUAUGUAAAUAAGCCUAGAAAACCAACUAUAGCAUCAGUUAAAAAUUAUCGUCACUUUGAGAAAAUCAGUUUCAUAAUACUGGUUUUAAAUCUUUUUAAGUUUGUCUGUUUCUUUUUACCAUCUACUUUUAUAGAUUCUUUUUCAGAAGUAAAAUUUUGUAUAUAUAUACAUGUA